AUGAUCUAUUGGAAGAAUACUUGGGCCAGCGGUGAGGCUUAUCCCUCGUGUCAGGAAAUCCUUUUAAACGAAGGUAUGAUUGUCUCGCACGUGUUUGACUGGCCCGUGCAGUACAUUUCGCAAGCUGUUUACCAGCAAAACUGCUAUCAGAGCUCCAUCCCCGUGUUCAACACCAACGUUGGCUUGGUGAUUGAAAAAUUCAGUGAGCCUCUUCCAGUGGUGGCCCUGUCGUGGGAAGACUACACCCAGAAUAACUCGAGAGGCUCCUUCAGCUACAGUGUUGUGUCGAUCGUGUACGCUAUAUCAGUGCUGGCGGUGAUAACUUGGUUCUUGACCAUCUUUGUGUUGACAAACUACACCAUCAAGCCUUCUUGGCUCUUAAAAGGGUCGACCUUGCUCUCCUCGGUCUACAUUCUUUUGGUGGUGAUCAAGUCGAUCAUCACCUUGCACGAGCAACAGCGAGAAGGAUACUUGCACGGGGCCAAGCUUUUGAAUGACGUCAACAGAAACAAUGCCGUUAAUAUAAUGGACUUGAUUGUGGUUUUCCUUCUUCAAAUCAACCAAGUGCAAAUCAUUAUGCGAUUGUUUCAAAGACAAAAGGAUAAACGGCUCACCUUCUACAUCGGUAUCAUUGCUACGCUAAUGUCUCAGAUCAUAUGGAGCAUCUCCCUGUUUCAUACAUUUGCCACGGAGAAUGAAGCAGGCGACAUCCUACCGGCGUUUAUCUACUUGGUGCGAAUCGCAAUGGCUUUAUGUUACGCGGCCAUAAUAACCGUUUAUUUCAUCAGUAAGAUUAAACUAAUCAUUGCAAACAGAAGAAUAUGGCUUUUGACUUUGCUCACCUUGAUUUUGAUCUACAGCCCGGUGGCCUUUUUUAUUGCCGACGUGUCGAAUGCAUUCAUUUAUGAAUUAUCUGAGAUAUUUUCAGUUGUCAAUUACGUUAUUGGCGUGGUAAUCCCUUGGGAAUGGUGCAACAAGUUUAAUCUUAUCAUGAAGGCAAAGGAAAAAGAAGGGGUAUUGGGAAGAAGAUUUUACGAGGAUGAAUCUUAUGAGUUGGACAGAUUUGAGCUCUUUGUAGAAGAGCAAGCUCCAAGUGACGAGAAUGACGAUGAUGAUGAUAACGAAAAUAACGAAAAUAACGACAACAACAAUGGAAACCAGCACGAAGGUCCACUGCGUGGGGUUGGAAAUACAGAUGAUGCUAACCCCCAUAACACCGCAAGAAGAGAUGACGCUGGUGUUGAACGUCCCAGACUGGGCGGUAGACGUUCAGCACAAAGGUUGAGCAACUCGCAACUGAAGCUGCCGCAUUCUCAAGAAAAGACUGCAAAAGAGCCCAACUUGUCUCAAAAGGUCUUGAAUGCGAUACACGUCUCUAAACACAAGUUCAUAUCAUUAACAGACCACAUAAUAGCAGCUGGUUUUGCCAUUCCGCGGUCCGUUAGUGUGCCCAGUAAUCUGUCGGGACCACAAACAAACGAACAACUACUUCAGCGCCAAGAGCCACGGCAACUUGAACCUGAGGCAAGCAACAUUAACAAAAAGAACUCGUACACCACGCAUAUGUUCAACACCAACUCCGGUACAGGCUCAAGCGAAACCAAUACUGUAUCAAAUAGCAACCGAAGAAGGAAUAUUUACAUGUACGCUAGAAAAGAAGUUAUCCUCGACGUAUCAAGCGACGACGAACAUGAAUAA